CGCCUGCUCCAGCCCCUGCGACCGCAUCAGCCGACACCGCCGCUCCGCCACCUCCCCCUCCAGCAACGGACCACAUGGCCGCUCCGACGGCACCCCCCGAUACCGCCGCCCGGCCACCACCUCCUCUUCCUCCAGCCCCGGAGUUCGCGGCCAAGGUCUCUUAUCAUCUCCCUCAUUUUCCUCCUCACCCCGAUGCGCCGGCGCCGAAGAAGCGGAAGUUGGAGGAGGCGGGGUUCCACGCCUCCCCCUACUACAAGAUCCGGGCCACCGUUGCCGACCUGCGCCUCCGCUUCAUCCAGGUCCACGAAGCUACUGAUUUCCGAAAGAGUGAUGCUGCUCGUGAGAUUCUGAGAGAGAUAAAGACAGUCAUGGAACUCUCCAAGAAAAUGAGGCUUGAUCUGAGUGCCUCUUGUGAACCUGUGAAACCUUUAGAGAAGCCUUUAGCUGGAGCUGUGAAGGACGGGCCCACGGAGCCAAUUCCAUCUGUAGAAAGAAAUCAAGUUCCCCAGACAGCGAGUGCAGCGGAGAAAAUAACAGAGGAAAUCCUACGCAGUGAGAUGGCAAAUCACCCAAAGCACCUUGGCAAAACUGUGCAAGGGUCUUAUGUGGUUGGUGGAUCUCCUAUUGGUUGGAAUUUUCUUGUAUGGCCUGGUGGCAAAAUAAUUUAUUAUGGGUUGACCAAAGAGGUGUUUCGGACGCGCCAAGCUGCAAGUUAAAAUGUUGUUGUUCCACAUUCAAACAUUCUGAUUUGUACCGUACUCUCAAACUGAUGUAGAGGAUUUAAUUUUAAAAAUAGUCAGCAUGUAAUCUGAUUAUCCGCGUCAUUCUGCUGUGCUAUGAACUAUUUAUCUAUAUAAAAUUAGUGAUUCAAAAGAAGAAGAAAAUUUGAAGAAAGAGAUGCAUGUCCUUUUUAU